CUUCCGUGGCGAAAGUCUCCUCCGUCCUUGGCCUCUUCCCCGCUGGUCGGUAGCGCAGGACACGCAUCCGCGUGAACCGAUCCUCCGUCGUUUCCAAUCUACCUGCACCAACCGGAGGCGCCCGCGCACAGCUACCCGCCUCGCCUGCCCGCCUCGCGGGAGCCGAUUCGGUUCAAAUCAAGGUAGGAAGAGGAGGAGGAGGCGGCAAGGCGGAGAUGCACAAGAGUAAGGGGAAGCUCUCCGGCGUCCUGCACAAGGGCUUCAAGCCCGACAAGUGCAAGACGGCGCUGCGGAUGGCGCUGGCGCGGAUCAAGCUGCUGAGGAACCGGAAGGAGGUGCAGGUGCGCCAGAUGCGCCGCGACGUCGCGCAGCUGCUCGAGGCUGACCAGGACCAGACCGCGCGCAUCAGGGUUGAACAUGUCAUAAGGGAAGAGAAGUUCAUGCAAGCAUAUGACUUAAUUGAAGUAUACUGUGAACUUAUGGUGGCACGCAUGUCCAUUAUUGACUCACAGAAGACUUGCCCUAUUGAUCUGAAGGAGGCAAUAGCCAGUGUUAUAUUUGCAUCAAUGAGGUGUUCAGAUGUCACAGAACUUGUGGAUGUUCGCAAGCAUUUCACGAGCAAGUAUGGAAAAGAGUUUGCAGCAGCAGCUCUAGAAGUGCGACCUGACAGUGGUGUAAGCCGACUGGUAAUUGAGAAGCUGUCAGCUGGAGCACCUGAUACACAAACCAAAAUCAAAACCUUGACCUCUAUUGCAGAGGAGCACAACAUCAAAUGGGAACCAAAAGCAUUUGAGGAGAAAUUACAGAAGCAAAAUGAUAAUCUUCUGCAUGGGACUACAACAUAUUCUGGAGGAAAUAUUCCAACUAGGGGAUCGGCUGAUUCUAGUUCUGGCAUGCCAACUUCACAGCCUGCAGCACCUUCUUAUUCAUAUAUGGAAUCAUCCAAUUCUCAUAUGCCUACAGCGCAUUCAUAUUCAUCAGCUGAGGUUCCAGACAAUAGAGCUCCAUUUGUCACUGCCAAUCCUAAUGGUUCAAUGCCCCCUAGCUUUGCCAGUCCUAAUGCUUCAAUGCCCCCUAGCCUACAACAUGGUGCCACUGCUUAUUCUUCAGCACAGAUUCCUGUUCCUAACAGUUCCUCUCAUGUUAAUGCUGGACGCCCAGAUGUUUCUAGACCUCACUCCCAAUAUGAUACAGACACGACAUCCGGAAGGAAAGAGUUCAAUCAGUCUAGGGAAAGAAAAUCUUCAGUUAGUGGUUCCAACUGGAAUAUAGAAUUCAAGGAUGCAACAUCUGCAGCACAAGCAGCAGCAGAAUCCGCGGAGAUGGCGAGUAUUGCUGCUAGGGCUGCUGCCCAACUUGCUAGUCGUGGAAACUUCUCUGCAGAGCAAAAUACUGGGGCUUUUGAGUCACCUUCUUACAUCCAUGAAACUACACCCAGGAAGCAACAAGCUGAACAUUUUAUGGAGGGGCAGAGGAGUUUUAAUGAGCAGAGUUCAGGGGCUUAUGAUCCAAGGUUGACCUCAAGUAAUGCAAGGAAGGAUGGAGAGAGAGCAGAAACAAGCCGUGUAGGUAAUCAGAAUAUGUCAACUCAUUCCUCAGGUCAAUACCCUGAUUAUAGCCCUCUUAUUCACAGCGAUGAGUAUGGCAUGCCAACUGAACUGCAUCGUACUGAUUCACCUGGUCAUCAAUAUUCUGACGAUUCAUCUGAGAAAGUAAGCAACUUUGAAAGGCCUGAUGAUCAUCAGUUUAAUUUACCUGGAGAAAGGUUGUUUGAUGCUCAACUUGGUGGGCACAACAUCAAGGACACAGAAAGCAAAGAGCCUAACUUUGAUCAAGAGAACACGGACGACUACUACAGCAACUAUAGUUCUUCCCAUGUUACAUUCACCCAUGGCAGCAGUACCAUUUGGGACAGUCAGAAUGAUAAAAAUGGACCUGAUUCCUCAGCUUUUACUUUUGAUAAAUAUGAUUCGGAUGUUGGAGAAGAAAAUUUAUUGGAUCAUUUCUCUUCAAAGCACACUGAAGAAUCCACUGUUGAAGAUCACAAGGAUUCUUCAGCUUAUGUUUUUGAUCAUUAUGAUUCUGAUGUUGGUGAAGAAAAUUUAUUGGAUCAUUUCUCUUCAAAGCACACUGAAGAAUCCACUGUCGAUGAUCGCAAGGAUCCUUCAGCUUCUGUUUUUGAUCAAUAUGAUUCUGAUGUUGGAGAAGAAAAUGUAUUGGAUCAUGUCUCUUCAAAGCAUACUGAAGAAUCCACUGUCGAAGAUCACAAGGGAUUCUCAAAUGCUGAUUGGGGUCAGCAGCAUAGAAAUGAAUAUUCAGUUAACCAUAGCACUUCAACACUAUUUUCAAGAACAGAAGAAAAUCCAUCUUAUAACUUAGAAGCAAACAGAAAAGAUGUUUCCUCACCUCAUUCAAGAGGAUCUGGUUUUUCUGAGAGUAAAGAAGAUAUAAUUUCUGGAAAGGUUGUCCACAAUGUUAAUGUUAAUAUUGAAGAUCUUGAAUCAAAGUCCAGGAAUAAAUACGUUAAUUCAUCUGGUUCUAAUACAUCCGCUAAGGAACGCUAUGGUCAAAGUUCACUUAGGUCUGAUUACUCAUGGGUGGAUGGUGAAUUGGAUCAUACAAAAAUGAGAGAUCUUGAAGAAGAAGAAAGAAUUCCACAUAAAUUGGAAGGUGCAUCAUCAGAGAUAACAGGGGAGAAUAAGAAUCAACCAUUUUCUUUAGGCAGGCAAACAUCAGCAUCUUCUGCUGACUAUGAUGAAGGUGAUCUAGGCUUGAAUUUUGGAAAGCUAACUCCUGGACUAAGAAACAAGCUCAGGCAACCUCCUCCUUACAGAAAGGAUUCUGAGGACAACAUGCUGCCAAAGCAGCUUUUGCAUAAGGUUCCUGCUGCCAUUGGUAAAUCAGUGCACUCUGAAGAGAAUGAUACUUUGUCUGAAAAUACAAGAAAUGCUUCUACAAGUAUGGCCAGGAGUUCAUUGGAUGAAAAUUACAACAAUGAACUUUAUGACCAGUAUCAAAGUGUUGGAGCACGUGUGGAAGCUAGAUCAACAAUGAGGAGGCAUUACUUUGAAUCAGAAGGUGAUAGAGGGAAGUUAUCUGAGCAAUCUUUUAAUGCACCAAGCUCUGGCACAAAUAAGAGUUCUGGAGGUGUAAAUUCCAGUCAAGAUCUUUACCAUGAGAAGUCAGGUGUUGGAGCGCGCAGAGUAACUAAAACUACCAAAACUUACUUUGAUUCGGAUGACAGUGAGGAUGAAUUGGCACAACGAGAGAAGGUUCAGACAAAGUGGUCUGGAGAGCAGAUAAAAUCACGCAGGACUCGGGAGAUGGCAUCAGAUACAAAGAGAGAAACCGGUGUCCAAGUUGGGGUUCAGCAUGCUGAUAAAACUGAGGCGAAAUCACCCACCGGUUCGUUUACUGGGUUUACUGAACAAAGGAGAGAGUCACCUGUGUACUCCAGGGCUCCAGUACCACGAACUUCACCAAAACCUGUGCGCGUGGAUCCUCCCUUGGGCAAAGGGAAAUCACAAGAAGCUGGUCCGAAUACAGUUUCUGUAACAAGAAAGGAGGAAAGCACACAAAGCCCAGCAGAAGCACCGAAAGAAAGCACCCCAAAAACUGCUCCGGCGCAUGUUCACCCCAAGCUUCCGACAGACUAUGAUUCGUUCGCUGCACAUUUUAUGUCACUUCGGACCAAACGCCGCUAGAUUUACGCUCACAUACCACUAGGAGUUUUACAUGUAAACAAGUCAUAUUUACACCACACAGGUAUACAUUCUAUAGCUUCCUUUGUACAGCAUCCACACUCGAUCUUAUUUGUCUCGUAAACAAUUCAUAUUGACAUUACCGCCAUAUUCAUAUUUAAUGUACGAUGUUUUGGCUUUUUAUAGUUAUG